UUUUUUUUUUUUUUUUUUUGCUUUUUGUUUUUUUUUUUCUUUGUUAAGAUUUGAAAAGAUAAGAUCAGCACUGUAAUGGGGUAUAAUUCUGUUUUAAGUCUUCUUGGUAUCACGGCGAACAAAAUACUUCCUGACAUGUAUUUUUUUGUUAACUUUUUCUUCCUUGUUAUUCAUAAAUCAACGGCAUUAGCGGCCAUUUUAUUAAAGGAAAAUAAGUUUAUGCCAAACAUCAUUAAAUAUCCCCCUUGAAUUUUUAAAAGGUUUACAGCAGGACUUUAUGUGAUAGGAAGUGAAAACUACAGCAGUGUUGUUUUAUAUGCCACACACAAUCGGUUUUGGAUUAAAUUGGGCACAAAAUGUAUGCGUUGUUUAGACUUGCAUGCGUUGUUCUUGCAAUUGUCCCGGUAUAUUGCGAUGGCAGAAGACAACAAUAUGGAACUUGUGACAUCUGCAACUGUUUAGUUAAAGAUGUUGUCGAUUGUUCAGACAGAAGCCUAACCUACAUACCAAAGGAUCUAAAUGUAACUACUAGGGAACUUAACCUGUCAUCUAAUUACCUUCAGCAUAUAGACAAUGGGAAUUUUGAAUACUUGGAGGAGUUAAUAAGUUUAGAUUUAUACAACACGUCAUUGAAAAAUGUCUCAUCCGAUGCCUUCAAAGGACUUACGAAUUUAAAGUUCUUAAAUAUCUCUCAAAAUGACCAAUUUCCUCUUACCAAUGAGUCUACACCAAUGGAACUAUUUGAGCACAUUCCGUCCCUUGAAGUGCUCCGAAUGUAUGGUACAACAGGAACGUACAAUAUCAAGAAUGGAUACCCGGAUGUACAACUAAGUAAGCUUCCAUCUUUAGAAGAACUUUGGAUAGAUGGACUUACAAAUUUGACAUUUGGCCCGGCAUUCAGGAACAUGACCAGUCUAAAGGUCUUACGCCUCGCGGGGGAUUUUGUUGAACCAUCGUGGAGGAGCAAAGAGUUUUGUAUGACUGACCUAGUAGAGGGAAUGUUUGAUAAUGUCGCUUCUAUCACCCAUCUAUAUAUAAGAAAAUGUUACGUGACACAUAUUGAUAAAAAUGUUUUUCAAAAUUUGAAAAACUUGGAGUAUCUUGAUUUGUCUGAAAACAAAAAGGUGGGACUAGAAGAUAUGUUUAAUUCAUUUUGUAGUCUCUCCAAUACGACUACAAGUCUAAUUUUGAAUAGCGUUACAGCAACAGAAACGUGUGGUGCUGGAAUUACUAAACAAAUGGUUAAAUGUAUUGAAAAUAAAUCGAUACGAGAACUUCAGCUCAAUCACAAUAAAAUUCGACACAUAGACACACACGUGUUCUCUACUUUACCUAAAACUCUUCAGAUUUUGAGAGCAACAAGUAAUUUUUUUGAUCUAAAUAUCUACAUAUUCUAUAUAUUCCAUAUGACAAAUUUAACGCACUUAGAUAUUUCUUAUCAAUUUUUCACGGAUGAGAUAUCAGUUUGGCUCAAAAAAGAAUAUACCCAAGAACCGAAAGACGCAAUGCUUUUCACAAGUAGUACUGACAAUAUACUAACGGAUGGAAAUCGCAAUGAACGACUCGUAUCGCAUGAUGAAUAUACGUAUAGCAGCGAACAAAGUGAAGACCACGGUGGUAGCCAUGGUGGUAUUUUCCAUGGUUAUGCUCAACAACUUCUCUUGGAUAUUACUCACCAAAAUCUUUUUCAGUACAAAACACAAAACACAGGGAAAGUAUGUCCACAGUUAAUAAGGACAGAUAUAUUCCACCUGGAACUGUUUUAG